AUGGCCGUUAUAUACCUUGCCGAGGCGAACAUUGCUCUCAUGUUCCAAGAGAAGAGAAGAGAAGAGAAGAGGCAAGGAAAAGAGAAGAGAAGAGAAGAGAAGAGGCAAGGAAAAGAGAAGAGAAGAGAAGAGAAGAGGCAAGGAAAAGAGAAGAGAAGAGAAGAGAAGAGGCAAGGAAAAGAGAAGAGAAGAGAAGAGGCAAGGAAAAGAGAAGAGAAGAGAAGAGGCAAGGAAAAGAGAAGAGAAGAGAAGAGGCAAGGAAAAGAGAAGAGAAGAGAAGAGGCAAGGAAAAGAGAAGAGAAGAGAAGAGGCAAGGAAAAGAGAAGAGAAGAGAAGAGGCAAGGAAAAGAGAAGAGAAGAGAAGAGGCAAGGAAAAGAGAAGAGAAGAGAAGAGGCAAGGAAAAGAGAAGAGAAGAGAAGAGGCAAGGAAAAGAGAAGAGAAGAGAAGAGGCAAGGAAAAGAGAAGAGAAGAGAAGAGGCAAGGAAAAGAGAAGAGAAGAGAAGAGGCAAGGAAAAGAGAAGAGAAGAGAAGAGGCAAGGAAAAGAGAAGAGAAGAGAAGAGGCAAGGAAAAGAGAAGAGAAGAGAAGAGGCAAGGAAAAGAGAAGAGAAGAGAAGAGGCAAGGAAAAGAGAAGAGAAGAGAAGAGAAGAGGCAAGGAAAAGAGAAGAGAAGAGAAGAGGCAAGGAAAAGAGAAGAGAAGAGAAGAGGCAAGGAAAAGAGAAGAGAAGAGAAGAGGCAAGGAAAAGAGAAGAGAAGAGAAGAGGCAAGGAAAAGAGAAGAGAAGAGAAGAGGCAAGGAAAAGAGAAGAGAAGAGAAGAGGCAAGGAAAAGAGAAGAGAAGAGGCAAGGAAAAGAGAAGAGAAGAGGCAAGGAAAAGAGAAGAGAAGAGGCAAGGAAAAGAGAAGAGAAGAGGCAAGGAAAAGAGAAGAGAAGAGGCAAGGAAAAGAGAAGAGAAGAGGCAAGGAAAAGAGAAGAGGCAAGGAAAAGAGAAGAGGCAAGGAAAAGAGAAGAGGCAAGGAAAAGAGAAGAGGCAAGGAAAAGAGAAGAGGCAAGGAAAAGAGAAGAGGCAAGGAAAAGAGAAGAGGCAAGGAAAAGAGAAGAGGCAAGGAAAAGAGAAGAGGCAAGGAAAAGAGAAGAGGCAAGGAAAAGAGAAGAGGCAAGGAAAAGAGAAGAGGCAAGGAAAAGAGAAGAGGCAAGGAAAAGAGAAGAGGCAAGGAAAAGAGAAGAGGCAAGGAAAAGAGAAGAGGCAAGGAAAAGAGAAGAGGCAAGGAAAAGAGAAGAGGCAAGGAAAAGAGAAGAGGCAAGGAAAAGAGAAGAGGCAAGGAAAAGAGAAGGACAAAGGAAGGAUGAAGACAUACAAGCAGAGAAGGCGAAGAAUGCGGCACAUUUACGAGCGUCCGUCUCCGGACGUAGGCACAAACCAUACUCCCAGAGGGGGAGAAAGGCAAGGAAAGAG